CGUAAGUAGUCGGGUCCAGCUGUUAUUUUGACAUAACAAAUAACAAUUUUAGAUAAUAAAAAUGCAAAUAAUUCGAAAUUUCAGCCGAAAACUUCUUAAACACCAAUACCUCUGCCCGCCAAAGGUGUCCUGCCUGUACUUCAGCACAGCUAAAGAUGCAUCUAAGGAACUGCCCCUGGCCCCUGGAUACCAGCCCAAACCGGUGGAGGAAGCCUAUUGGGAGCGAGAAAAACGCCAGAUUAACCUGCCCAAACCGAAGAGCGGCUGCAAGCGUGGACCCUACCGUAUGCUGCUUCCGCCGCCAAAUGUCACCGGCAAUCUGCAUUUGGGGCACGCUCUAAUGGCCACUGUGCAGGAUGUAAUUGCCCGCGAGCGCCGUCAGAUGGGAUACGAGGUGGACUGGGUGCCGGGCACAGAUCACGCAGGUAUUGCCACUCAAGUGGUAGUGGAGCGUACUAUUGCGGCUGCACAAGGAAAAACACGUCAGGAGCUCGGACGACAGGCCUUCCUUGACGAGGUGUGGCGCUGGAAAGCGGAUAAGGGCGCCGGAAUCGUGCAGGAUCUGCAAAAACUUGGCUGCAGACUCAAUUGGGAGCGCGAGUACUUUACCAUGGAUGAAAAGCAGGCGCAUGCCGUAAACGUGGCCUUCGAGCGACUGUUCGACGAGGGCCUCAUUGUUCGCCGCAAUUCCCUUGUCAACUGGUCACCGUCCCUGCGCUCUGCGAUCUCCGACAUCGAGGUUGAUCUGGUGGACAUCAAGGCACCGAUGGAGAUCGCUGUUCCGGGUCACGAGCGGAAUGUGCUCUUCGGCCGGAUCUACGACUUCGCCUAUCGCAUCGUCGAUGGCGAAACAUUGCCGGAUGGCAGUGUUGAGGAGAUCUUGGUUUCAACAACUAGACCGGAGACCAUUUUAGGCGACGUAGCCGUCGCCGUGCAUCCGCUGGAUCCGCGCUACAGCAAAUACCGGAACAGAGAGGAGGUUAGGCUGCAGCAUCCCUUUCGCAACGACACCAUACCACUGAUCUUUGACAUCGCUGUGGACCAGGAGUUUGGCACCGGAGCCGUGAAGAUCACGCCCGCCCACGACAAGUUCGACUUUGAAGUGGCUACUCGCCACAAGCUGGCGCCGAGUCAGGUUUUCACCGAAACUGGUCACGUGAUGGAUACACAUCCGGAGUUCGAGGGUAAGCCACGGUUUGAGGCGCGCGAAUUGAUCGUCAAUAAGUUGGAGGAGAUGGAUCUAUUGCGGGAGGUGCGCGCCCAUAGCAUGCAAUUGCCCAUGUGCUCGCGCUCCAAGGACAUUAUCGAGUACAUGAUACAGCCGCAAUGGUUCCUCAAGUGCAAGGAUCUGGCCAAAAACGCCCUCUCCGAGCUCCACAGCGGCCGGCUUCAGAUCCAGCCGCCGAGCUUUGAAACGGAAUGGGAACGCUGGCUGCAGGAUAGUCGCGACUGGUGCAUAUCCAGGCAGCUGUGGUGGGGCCACCAAGUGCCCGCCUACCAGGUGACGGAGUCUGCCAAGGGCACCAGUCACUGGGUGGCCGCUCUCAGCGAGGAGGCCGCCCGCCGGAAGGCCAAGCAAUUGGUGGGCAGCGAUGAAUUUACGCUGAAACGUGAUCCCGACGUACUGGAUACAUGGUUUUCUUCCUCGUUGCUGCCGUUCUCCGUGGCCGGCUGGCCGGAUGAGAGUUACAAAGAGCGGUAUCCCCUGGACUUGAUGCAGACUGGUCACGACAUACUCUUCUUCUGGGUGGCUCGGAUGAUGAUGAUGGGCCUGAAGCUGACGGGCGAGGCGCCCUUCCAGAGGAUCCUGCUUAAUGGCAUAGUAUGCGAUGCCCAGGGCAGGAAGAUGUCUAAGAGUCUGGGUAACAUUGUCGCCCCACAGCAGGUGGUCCAGGGCGCCAGUUUGGAGAGCUUAAAGGCAGGUCUGGAGCAGUCCUGCGAGGCGGGAAUCAUCAAGCCCGAAGAGCUCAGGACCUCCAAGGCUGGCCUGACCAAGAUGUUCCCCAAGGGCAUUCAGGAAUGCGGCACAGAUGCCCUGCGCUUCACUCUUAUGAGUCACAAUAUUAAGAGUCACUUUAUUAGCUUCGAUGUGAACGCCUGUCACACCAACAAGCUGUUCCUGAAUAAGAUCUGGCAGGCAAUGCGGUUUACCAUGGGCUCCGCCAAGGGACUGGGAGUUGCUUUGCAGGAUUUUGAGUCGCUCAAUGGCGUUAAUCUGGGCUUGUGGGAUCGCUGGAUCCUUGGCCGACUGGCAGAAACCUUGUCUAUUGUCUGCGAAAGCUUCAUUACAAACAAUUUCCAUGUGGCCACAGCCGCUUUGAAGACAUUUUUCUAUCAAAAUCUCUGUGAUACUUACUUGGAGACCACCAAGACGGCAAUAAGCAACCGCGAGGAAAGCGCCUACAUCCAUGUGGGCACUCUGACCGCUUGCCUCAGCUGGGGUCUGCAGGCCAUGUCCCCGUUCACCCCAUUCGUAGCCAGCGAGUUGCUGCAGCAUGUGCCGAUGAAUGUCGAGCUCAAUCUGUCUAAAUUCCGAGACCAGAAGCUGGAGGAUGAAGUCAACGAGAUGGUCAACAUCUGCCAAAGUGUGCGGCAGGUGAAGAGUCGAAACGAGAUCAGCAAGCGUCACCAUCCGCAUCUCACUUUGUUUGCCCAGAACGCCAAGUCCCAGGACAUCCUGCGUCGUCACUUGCCACAAAUCAAGGUGCUUACGCGCUGUGAGGUCGUGGAUCUUGAGCUAAUGGACGAGAACGCGAACAUCCCAGAGAAGCAGAACUUUUUCUCGACUGCGGGUGCUCUUUGUUCCUUUGGCAUAACGAUCAGCGAAGAAGUGGGUCUUACUUCCGAAAAGCGCGACGAGAUGCAUCAGGCGAAUGUGAAGAAGCUUCGAAGGCUGGUCACCGAGCUGCAAAAGUAUCGCUUGCGUCUGGACAAUGAAGCCUUCCAGCUGAUGGCCAACAAGGACACCAAAUUGCAUUUUGAAAAUAAGGUCAAGGAGCUACAGGCGGAGAUUGACAGCCUAAUUCGACUGGCGGCGUAAUCGUGAUUAUCUACUUCUGUUGUUGUAUUGCCGUAUCGACUUAGUCGCGUGUGGUUUGUUUUAGAAUUAAUAAAUAAUUAAAAACC